AUGUCCGCUCUUUCUCCAGAAGUUAACAAUACGUUACUAGGUUUAAUCCAAGGAUUUGCAUCCGCUGACAACAAUGUUAGAUCAGAAGCUGAGAGAACCUUGAACCAAGAAUGGAUCACACCUGAAAAUGUGGAAGUUUUAUUGAUAUUUUUGUCUGAGCAAGCAUCUCUAUCCCAAGACUUAACCGCAUCAGCAUUAUCAGCAGUUCUAUUCAGAAAAUUGGCUCUUAGAGCUCCACCAUCCUCCAAGACUGUGAUAAUUGCAAAAAAUAUUACCCACAUUAGCACAAAUGCAUUGUUGCAAAUUAGAGCUACAUUAAUAAAGGGCUUCAUGGCUGAGAGACCAUCUUCUAUAAGGCACAAAUUAUCAGACGCAAUUGCCGAGUGCGCUCAGGAGGAUUUACCUGAGUGGCCAGAAUUGUUGCAUACAAUAGUUGAAUCUCUAAAAAGUCCUGAUCAAAAUUUCAGGGAAUCCAGUUUUAGAAUACUAACAUCGGUCCCUCACCUAAUAAACUCCGUAGACGUAAUGCACAUAUUGCAAAUUUUUGAAUCUGGUUUCACAGAUGAAUCUGAUUCGGUCAAGAUUGCAGCAGUAACUGCCUUUGUUGGAUAUUUUAAACAGUUGCCAAAAUCCAAUUGGUCAAAGUUGGGUGUUUUGCUACCAAGUUUGCUAAAUAGUCUUCCUAAAUUUUUGGAUGACGGUAAAGAUGACGCAUUGGCUUCAGUAUUUGAAUCUCUAAUCGAGCUAGUUGAAUUAGCUCCAAAAUUAUUCAAAGAUAUGUUUGAUCAGAUAAUUCAAUUCUGUGACAUGGUCAUCAAGAAUAAGGACCUUGAAACCUCUGCAAGAACAACAGCAUUAGAAUUGUUAACAGCAUUUAGCGAAAAUGCUCCACAUAUGUGCAAAAAUAAUCAAAACUACGCCCAAUCUAUCAUAAUGGACAGUUUGAUAAUGAUGACAGAAGUUUCAAUUGACGAUGAUUCAGCAUCAGAGUGGAAAUCCUCUGAUGAUACCGAUGACGAUGAAGAAGCUACUUACGAUCACGCACGUCAAGCUUUAGACCGUGUAUCUUUAAAGCUUGGCGGCAAGUAUCUGGCUCCUACACUAUUCCAAUACUUACAACAAAUGAUAUCAUCUGCAGAAUGGAGAGAACGUUUUGCUGCUCUUAUGGCUUUAUCAUCUGCCGCAGAAGGUUGUCAAGACGUUCUGAUUGGUGAAAUUCCAAAAAUUAUAGACAUGGUUAUUCCACUAAUAGCUGACCCUCAUCCACGAGUUCAAUAUGGGUGCUGUAACGUUUUAGGUCAAGUAUCUACCGAUUUUGCACCUUUGAUACAAAAAACCGCCCAUAAUAGAAUUCUUCCAGCGUUAAUAUCGAGGUUAACCAAUGACUCUGUAGAAAGAGUACAAACUCAUGCUGCUGCUGCCUUGGUUAAUUUCUCUGAGCAUGCAACUCAAUCUAUAAUGGAGCCUUAUUUGGAUGAUUUAUUGAAUAACUUACUAAAUCUGCUACAGAGUAAUAAAUUAUAUGUACAGGAACAGGCAUUAACAACAAUUGCAUUUAUAGCAGAAGCUGCAGAGAAGAAAUUCAUUAAAUACUAUGAUACUUUGAUGCCGUUAUUAUUAAACGUUUUGAAAGUAGAGUCUGAUGAUAGCAACAGUGUACUAAAGGGUAAGUGUAUCGAGUGUGCAACUCUAAUCGCUCUUGCUGUCGGUAAGCAGAAGUUUUCUGAACACUCAGUAGAAUUAAUAACUUUACUAGCAGGACUACAAAGCUCUACGAUUCAAGAUGAUGAUCCGUUGAAGUCAUACUUGGAACAUGGCUGGAGUAGAGUUUGUAGAAUACUAAAAGAGGAAUUUGUACCACUUUUACCAAUGGUGAUUCCUCCAUUGCUAGAAACCGCUAAGGCUACACAGGACGUUAGCUUGAUCGAGGAGGAGGAUGCUGCUAAUUUUCAACAAUACUCUGAGUGGGAUAUUGUUCAAAUUCAAGGUAAACAUAUUGCCAUUCAUACUUCUAUUUUAGAUGAUAAAGUCACUGCAAUGGAACUUCUUCAAGUCUAUUGUACUGUCUUAAGAAAUAACUUUGCAAGCUACGUCAAGGAAGUGAUGACUGAAAUCGCUGUACCAUCUCUAGAUUUUUAUCUACACGAUGGUGUCAGAGCUACUGGUGCUGGAUUGAUUCCAAAUUUACUAUCUGCUUUGAUUUCCACUGUCGGGUUACAAAAUGAACAAGUUUUACAGCUUUGGAACUUAGCAGCCACUAAACUAAUACAUGGUAUAACGACAGAACCAAUGCCGGAAAUCACACAAAUAUAUCACUCCGCCUUUGUGGAUUGUAUUACAAUCAUGGGUGCCAAUAGUCUAAGCGAUGAGUCUUUGGUUCAAUUUACUAAAGGUGUUUCUUCAAAUCUAUCCGAUGUUUUUGAGCGAGUAAAAAAUAGACAUAACGAAGGUGAUGAAUAUAAUGAGGAAUAUGAAGAUGAGUAUGAUGGCUUUACCGAUGAAGAUUUAUUGGAUGAAAUCAAUAAGUCUAUUGCUGCUGUCUUGAAAGCCACUCAAGGAUCAUAUCUCCAACACUUUGAAACACUAUGGCCACUAAUCAUAACUUUCUUGAAUGAUUCCGAAUCAAUGAAUAUUAUUUUUGCUCUGGUAGUUGUUGGAGACAUGGUUCAAUAUGGAGGAGAAAAAUCCGCAAAUUUCAAAGAUUCAAUUGCCCCUAAAAUUGUUGAAUACCUAGUAUCGCCAGACGCUAGUGUUCGUCAAGCUGCUGCAUUUGUGCUUGGCACAUGUGCUGAAUAUGCCCCAACAACAUAUCACAGCAUAUGUAUACCAUCCUUGGAAACACUAUCGCAAGUAGUUAAUAUCCCCGAUGCCAUAUCAGAUGAGAAUAGGACUGCAACGGAAAAUGCUAGUUCUGCGAUUGCAAAGAUUCUUUUCUCUUAUAAUACUAAUAUACCAAAUUUUGACUCACAUAUUAAUGGCUGGCUAAAAACUUUACCAACACUAGAAGACGAGGAAGCAUCAAGUUUUAACUACAAAUUUCUAAGUCAUUUGAUUGAAGGCAACUAUCCGGCAGUAUGCUCAGCAGAUGCCAUACCGACUGUGGUUGAUCACGUAGUUCAAGCGCUAUUCCACAAUUCUCUGAAAGAUAAGGCUGCAGCUGAAGCGGUAAAUUCAGUUAAGAAACUUCUUUCCACUAUGAAUCAUUCAGAAGCAAUGGCUCUUUUGCAGAACUACCCAGCUCCAUAUAUGGAGACUAUCAAAACAUGGUUCUCUUAA